UCUCCCAAAAUCUCUUUCUAUCUAAACCCCCUCCUUAAACCCUUCUCUCAUCCUCCUUCUCUUUCUCCUCCUCCACGGAAUCAACCAUGGCAAGGGUCCGGCCUUUCUCGAUUCUUUUAACGUUUCUAGCCAUUAUAGCUCUCAUGGGCCCCUGUUCGUCCCUCGCGGCGGCCGGAGGCGGCGGCGGCGGCUCGAUCCACGAGCUGCUGCGCGAGCACGGCCUCCCGGCCGGGCUCGUCCCCAAGACGGUCGAGUCGUUCGACCUCGACCGGGACUCCGGCCUCCUCGAGGUCCGGCUCGAGAGGCCCUGCUACGCGAUGUACGACGAGCUCGCCUACUUCGACCAGGUGGUUCGCGGCAACCUCAGCUACGGCGCGCUCCGGGGAGUGGAGGGCUUCUCCCAGGAGGAGCUCUUCCUCUGGCUCCCCGUGAAGGGGAUUCUCGUCUCCGAUCCGUCGUCCGGCGUCAUCCUCUUCGACAUCGGCCUCGCCCACAAGCAGUUGUCCCUCUCGCUCUUCGAGGAGCCGCCGGCCUGCCGGCCGGCGGUGCGGCAGGUCGUCGCGGAAGUGCUUUUGGGUAGAAGGGGUGGAUUCCGAGCCCAGAGAUGAACUUAGAAGAGAAGCUCCGGUCUUUCUUUCUUCCCUCAAACCUUACUCUCUCUCUCUCUCUCUAACCGGAUUUCAUGAUGUAAAAAUGGAAAUAGUGGAACUCAAUGUCUGAUAGACCCGUCUCCCCUUCACCUCUUCAUAUGUGGCACGGUUUUUAGUGUGUUUUGGGACUAGAUUACACGGAUGAAGUUUUGAGAUGAAUGGUGUGGUGUGCAAGCCUAGUUCCGUGUACAUAAACUGGCUUUACGUUUAUACUAGCGAUGGCUUUGUGAUC